CACUCUUCAUCAGGCAGAUGAUUCUGAUCUCUGCUGUGGUCAGGUUAUGAUGAUAGAGCUCUCUGCUCUUCUUCAGUUCUUCUUCAGCUUCUACUCUGUUUCCGAGAAAUUUUAGCCAGUACUUGAAGCAGGAAUAGCCAGGAUCAUCAGUUCUAACUCACCAUGGAUCGAAGGUUUUAUCAGCAAACAACUGCAUUAUUGGUGAUGGCUUUCUUAAUUACCAUCCGAUCUUGUGAUUGUGCACCUGCUUUUAAAAUAAAGCAUUAUAAUAUGGCCAAAUCCCACCUCAUGCCAAACUUUCGAUCAGAACGUCGUUUCGUGGGUGGAAGCUCACCCAUUCAUUUCAUCAGCCCCUACAUAGCUGCGGCACCGCAACCAGAGCAGAGUUUCGACGAAUUCUUUUUCCCCCAAGUUCCCAUGGGCAAAACAGCUCCAUCAAGCAUUUACAAGCUGCCUUUGCAAUUGUUUAACAACGGAAAACCUCAUCGAGUGAUGCACGUAAUUCCUAAAAAGCGUCCUCAGUUUCAAGAUUACUUUCCACAUGGCGAUUCUAAGAUGAUAAGGCUGCCAUUGAAGUUUGUGUCCAAUGGUAAACCUGUGGGCAUCUAUCUUAAAGACCAAUCCAUGAACUUGCUCUAAGCGAUGUUAAUAGUUUAAUGGACACCAAAACGUUUUUGACACGCGUAAGCGUAAAGAAAAAGCAUUACAGUUUUUACGACUUGCUCAAUCAGCUCAGCUUUGCUAAUCUUCUUGCCCUUAAAAUGCUUGUCAACAACAAAUCAUUAUCAUGCACUGGAACUACUAUUUAUUUUAUUUAUUUAACAAUUUCGAUUAUGAGUUUUCUUUCAAGUUUAUUAAGCUGUAUAUAUGCUUUGAAUUAAAUACAUAUAAAAAAAAGGCCGCUCAUGUUUUUCUCAAAACAUGACAUUAGACCUUUUGAGAUUAUAUCAACUGCUUCAAGGACAAGAGGAGCGAAGCACGGAACGUGUUGUUAUGAAAUUGGUAGAGCAAAAUUACAAGACGAGGUGUAUUUAAUCGUUGUAUAUCAAGAGAACAGUGUUUUCCAAGAUUUCAAGAGUGAUUUUUGUAUCUAAUUAAGACUAUGCUUAACACUGUUCCCUGCUUGAAACUUUAAUGAUAUUUAUUUAUUAAUUUUAUCAUUAUACAACGAAGCAGUGCGCUUAUGAAAUGAACCAGAACAUUUCAGAAUCUUUUGAAGGGAGGAAACUUAUUUAAAAUGCUUCCAAGUUCUGCUUCAAUUGGGAAUUUAUACGGCGGUCUGGAUUUAAAGGGAUAAUUUCCAAAAAAAUGCAAUUUUACACAAACAUGGUGAGAUUUAGUUAUAAUGAUUUCAAUGAAUAAUGGUGCUCAAGAAGUAAGUUGGGAUGUUUAAGAAUAUGACAUUUUCCUGUAUAUAUGAAAUGCAAAGAAUAUGAUUUAAUAGAAUGCAAUUACAUUAUUUAUUUUCAAUAUUUAUUUGUAACAAGUAAACUUUUGGUAUGUGAUUCUAUUUGUUAUUUAAAAGAAUAUUGUUUCAAAAGUGUUGUGAAAGAAUUGUUUAUAUGUGUGAUGAAU